GUGGCCCAGCGGCAGACACAACCGGCGGCCGCUAAGCCUCAGGUGUUCACCGAGCUGCUGCCGCCGCCGGCUCGAGGGCCCAUUCAGUCCGGCAACUUCCGGCCGGUGAGGAGAGGGCGGACGUGCUCCUGCCAAGCACUUUCGCCAGGGCCGCUCACGUGCCCCUUUCUUUCCGUAGCCACGUCUGUGUCUAAUAGCUCCGAGAUUAAUUUUUAUCUUCAAGUUGAAUCAUAAAGAGGGGAAAAUGAAGAACACAUAGAGGCGCCAAAGGGAAAUAUUAGACUCCAUGGUUUUAUCGAAAGUGCAGUUAGAGGAUGGAAGGGAAGGUGCGCCACGCCGGAAGUGGCUGGGCGGUGUCACGCGUUCCCCUCACGGAAGGAGGCGGUGCCUCGCCGGAGACGCGCGGAGCCGAGCUUUGUGGUAGUUGAUAACAAUGAACAAUAUAUAGUAGUUCUCACUUAGUGCGCGAUGACUUUGCUAAAAACGGCUCCUUCAGGUGGGAGGCCAAGAGAGAUGAUGUUACCUGUUCAAGGUCACGCAGAUAUUGCCGAGUAAAGGACAGGAGACCGAGAAGAGCCAGCGAGUGAGGAGAGCUAAGUGUGGCUUCACUGAAAGCCAAAUGCAGAAAGUAUUUCAAGAAACAGUGAUUUUAUCCAAAUUUCCAGUCUUGCCGUUUUCCACAAUUUGAAGAUUCUGAUUCCCUGGACCCCUUCCGAAGGAAGUCAGGAGAGAAGCUCACUGAACGUUUCCCUCUUAUCUGCGCAGCUGAGAAGUAGUGAAAAACAGACAGGUACUUAUUUGUCUUCAGCUUUUCACCCCUCUCUCAAGCCAAGAGAUCACCAAAUAGAUGCCUGCAGAAAUACUUUUUCAUGGCAGGAAUCUCCAAAUUCUGUGGGAAUCCGCGAUUAUAGAGUAUUUUUAGGAGACCAAGAUGUCAGACCCAAACAAAGCUGCCAUUGCUGCAGAAAAGGAGGCUCUGAACUUGAAGUUACCUCCCAUUGUCCAUCCUCCUGAAAACAUAGGUGUUGAUACACCAACACAAAGUAAGCUUCUGAAGUACAGAAGAUCCAAGGAGCAAAGGAAGACAAUUAAUCAGUUAGUAAUUGAGGGAGCCAAAAAAAAAUUAGACAAAACACUAAGUAAAAGGACACCUUUAUCACCAGAGCCAGAUGAUCCUCCAAUCAUGACCAGUGAAAUUAAAAAGAAAGGAUUGAACUAUAUUUAUAUGAAGCAAUGUGUAGAAAGUAGUCCUAUAGUACCUAUUCAGCAGGAAUGGCUGGAUCACAUGUUAAUGCUGGUACCUGAGUCUUUAAAGCAAGGGAAAAAAAGAGAGGAACUCCUUCAAAGUCUCAUCAGUGAAGUGUCAAGUGACUUUGAAAAAAGCACGAAGAGGUAUUUGGUGAAGAGUGUUCUUGUGAAACCUCCAGUUAACUGGCUUGAAGAUGAUGGAGGUCCUUUACCUGAAUUCCCUGUAGGCCUAGAUUAUUCCAAUCCUUGGCAUGGUAGCUAUGUGCAGGCAAGAAAUCAAAUACUAUCUAAUUUGCACAUUGUUCAUCCAAUUAUGAAGAUGUUACUGGACCUUGGUUACAAGACAUUUGCUAAUACACUUUUGCUGGACUUAACAGGAAUUAGAGCUAAAGGCCCAAUUGAUUGUGAAUCACUGAAAAAUGAUCUAUCAAUACAAGCUAGGAAGGCAGAAGAGAAGAUAAUGAACACAUGGUAUACAAAGGUUAUAAAUCUUUUUACCAAGAAGGAAGCUCUCGAAGGCAUUAAACCUGAAAAGUUGGAUUCAUUUUAUAACUGUGUUUCGACACUUAUGUCAAAUCAGAUAAAGGAUCUCUUAAAGAGAACUGUAGAAGGAUUUGUAAAACUCUUUGACCAAGGAGAUGAACGAGGGCUGCCGAUAUUUAAGAUGGAAUUGACAAUUGAUGAUGAGAAAAUGGAAUUUUACCCUACCUUUCAAGAUUUGGAAGAUGUUGUUUUUGGUUUGGUAGAGAGAAUAGCUGAAGCUCUGCAGAAUGUCCAGUCAGUACCCUCUUGGCUAUCAGCAGCUUCACCACCUGUAAAUCUUGACACAGAACUUCCAGAACAUAUGUUACAGUGGGCACUUGAUGUGCUAAAGGUGGAAAUACAUCGUAACUUAGAAGGUGCAAGACAACACUAUGAGACAUACGUUGAAAAAUAUAAUUGGCUCCUUGAUGGCACUGCAGUUCAGCUGAUAGAGACUUUUCAGGCGGAAGAUCACACUUUUGAUGAAUACACAGAGUUUUUAGAAAAAUUUUUCAACCUUGCCUCAGAAAUAAUGCUUUUACCUCAGUGGGUUCAUUUCCCUAUGGUUCGUUUGGAUUGUGAAGAUUUGAAGAAAGGCCUAACAAAUAAAGCAAGAGCCUUUGCAAAUAAAUUAUUAAAUGACAUAGCUACAAAACAUAGAAACGAAAAUGAAUGUAUUUGCAGUGAAUUUGAAGCAAUUAAAGAACAUGCAUUAAAAAUCCCUGAGACAACAGAAGAGAUGAUGGAUCUGAUAGCUUAUGUCGAAAAAGCCCGAACCAUAAGAAUGCAGGAUUUGAUUUCAAGAAUUCAGGAAUCCAAACGCCGAAUGAAUUACUUUUUAGAUGUUUUUAUAUUUCCUCAAGAAGAUUUAGCUUUGAAUUCAGCUGUUCUUUUGUGGCCUUGGAAAAUUUAUCCCAUCUUUGAUGAAAAUGAUGAGAUAAUUGAAGUUGCUAAACGCAAAAAAGAAAAUGAGUUAAUAGCCAAGAGAGAGAAAUUGAUUUUGGAACUAGAAAAGGAAUCACGCCGCAUGGAGGAGUUUGCAGAAUUUGCAGAACUGGACCGCAUGCAACAGUAUGUGACCGAUGUAAGACAACUGCAAAAACGUAUUCAGGAAUCUGAAGAAGCAGUUCAGUUUAUUAAUAAAGAAGAAGAACUUUUCAAGUGGGAAGUGACAAAAUAUCCUGAAUUGGAUAAAUUGAAAGUUAACAUUGAGCCCUAUCAGAAGUUUUUUAAUUUAGUCUUGAAGUGGCAACGAACAGAAAAACGGUGGAUGGAUGGAGGGUUUUUGGAUCUUAAUGGGGAAAGCAUGGAAGCUGAUGUAGAUGAAUUUUCCCGAGAGAUUUUUAAGACACUGAAAUUUUUCCAAAUGAAACUGAAGAAGGAAUUACAAGAAAAAAGAAAGUUAGCAAAAAGACGAUCUGUGGGAGAAGAGAGAGUUGAAGAAGAACCAAAAGAGAAUCCUACUAUUAAUAUGUGCUCUACAGUAAUGGAGAACAUAAAAGUUUUUAAGGAAUCCAAACGCCGAAUGAAUUACUUUUUAGAUGUUUUUAUAUUUCCUCAAGAAGAUUUAGCUUUGAAUUCAGCUGUUCUUUUGUGGCCUUGGAAAAUUUAUCCCAUCUUUGAUGAAAAUGAUGAGAUAAUUGAAGUUGCUAAACGCAAAAAAGAAAAUGAGUUAAUAGCCAAGAGAGAGAAAUUGAUUUUGGAACUAGAAAAGGAAUCACGCCGCAUGGAGGAGUUUGCAGAAUUUGCAGAACUGGACCGCAUGCAACAGUAUGUGACCGAUGUAAGACAACUGCAAAAACGUAUUCAGGAAUCUGAAGAAGCAGUUCAGUUUAUUAAUAAAGAAGAAGAACUUUUCAAGUGGGAAGUGACAAAAUAUCCUGAAUUGGAUAAAUUGAAAGUUAACAUUGAGCCCUAUCAGAAGUUUUUUAAUUUAGUCUUGAAGUGGCAACGAACAGAAAAACGGUGGAUGGAUGGAGGGUUUUUGGAUCUUAAUGGGGAAAGCAUGGAAGCUGAUGUAGAUGAAUUUUCCCGAGAGAUUUUUAAGACACUGAAAUUUUUCCAAAUGAAACUGAAGAAGGAAUUACAAGAAAAAAGAAAGUUAGCAAAAAGACGAUCUGUGGGAGAAGAGAGAGUUGAAGAAGAACCAAAAGAGAAUCCUACUAUUAAUAUGUGCUCUACAGUAAUGGAGAACAUAAAAGUUUUUAAGGAAAAUAUCCCUACUGUCUCCAUCCUCUGCAAUCCAGGAAUGAGAGCACGUCACUGGAAGCAGAUGUCAGAAAUUGUAGGCUAUGACUUGACUCCAGACUCUGGAACUACACUGAGAAAAGUUUUAAAAUUAAACCUUUCACAAUACUUGGAACAAUUUGAAGUGAUAAGUGCAGGUGCAAGCAAGGAAUUUUCAUUAGAGAAGGCUAUGCAUACAAUGAUGGGAGUUUGGGAUGAUAUUGCUUUUCAUGUAAGUCUAUAUCGUGAAACUGGAGUCUGUAUUCUUUCUUCAGUAGAUGAGAUUCAGGCUCUCCUUGAUGAUCAAAUUAUAAAAACUCAGACAAUGAGAGGAUCACCUUUCAUUAAACCAUUUGAAAAAGAGAUCAAGGCCUGGGAGGACCGUUUGAUUCGAAUACAAGAAACGAUUGAUGAGUGGUUAAAAGUACAAGCUCAAUGGCUAUACUUGGAGCCCAUUUUUUGCUCUGAGGAUAUCAUGCAACAGAUGCCAGAAGAAGGACGUCAAUUUCAGACAGUAGACAGACAUUGGAGAGAUGUUAUGAAGUUUUGUGCAAAAGAUCCAAAGGUUCUUGCUGCUACUUCUUUAACAGGUUUAUUGGAAAAACUACAGAGCUGCAAUGAACUUUUGGAGAAAAUUAUGAAAGGGCUUAAUGCAUAUCUUGAAAAAAAACGACUUUUCUUCCCUCGUUUUUUCUUCUUAUCUAACGAUGAAAUGUUAGAGAUUUUGUCAGAGACCAAAGAUCCACUUAGAGUUCAGCCUCAUUUAAAAAAAUGCUUUGAGGGCAUUGCUAAAUUGGAGUUCCUUCCCAAUUUGGACAUUAAGGCCAUGUAUAGUUCUGAAGGUGAGCGCGUGGAGCUGAUUGCACUCAUUUCCACGUCUGCAGCACGAGGAGCUGUGGAAAAGUGGCUGAUUCAAGUGGAAGAUUUAAUGCUCCGGAGUAUUCAUGAUGUGAUUGCUGCAGCCAGGCUGGCUUAUCCAGACUCUACAAGAAGAGACUGGGUUCGAGAGUGGCCUGGACAAGUUGUACUUUGUGUUUCUCAAAUGUUCUGGACUUCUGAGACACAGGAAGUUAUAAGUGAUGGGACAAAGGGAUUAAUUAAGUACUAUAAGGAACUUCAGAAUCAACUAAAUGAUAUUGUAGGGCUGGUAAGAGGAAAACUAUCGAAGCAGACCAGGACUACUCUGGGCGCUUUGGUUACUAUUGAUGUCCAUGCUAGAGACGUGGUCAUGGACAUGAUUGAUGUGGGUGUCUCACAUAAUACAGAUUUCCAGUGGCUUGCUCAGCUUCGAUAUUACUGGGAAUAUGAGAAUGCUCGAGUUCGCAUCAUUAAUUGCAAUGUUAAAUAUGCUUAUGAAUAUCUUGGCAACUCACCUCGACUUGUCAUUACUCCUCUAACUGACAGAUGUUACAGAACAUUGAUAGGUGCCUUCUAUUUAAAUCUUGGAGGUGCUCCAGAAGGACCAGCAGGCACAGGAAAAACUGAAACCACCAAGGACUUGGCUAAAGCUCUUGCUGUACAGUGUGUGGUGUUCAACUGUUCAGAUGGGUUAGAUUAUCUAGCAAUGGGAAAGUUUUUUAAAGGAUUGGCUUCUUCUGGUGCUUGGGCUUGCUUUGAUGAAUUUAAUCGAAUUGAGUUGGAAGUGUUGUCAGUGGUAGCUCAACAGAUCCUUUGCAUUCAGAGAGCCAUUCAACAGAAGCUGGAUGUGUUUGUUUUUGAAGGGGCAGAACUUAAACUCAAUCCCAACUGUUUUGUAGCUAUUACCAUGAAUCCUGGCUAUGCAGGACGUUCUGAAUUGCCAGACAAUCUUAAGGUUCUUUUUAGAACAGUGGCUAUGAUGGUUCCAAACUAUGCCCUCAUAGCAGAAAUCUCCCUCUACUCCUAUGGAUUUUUGAAUGCAAAACCUUUGUCUGUGAAGAUAGUAAUGACCUAUAGGCUUUGCUCAGAACAGCUCUCAUCGCAAUUUCAUUAUGACUAUGGAAUGCGAGCAGUGAAAGCAGUUUUAGUGGCUGCUGGAAACCUAAAACUAAAAUUUCCAAAUGAAAAUGAAGAUAUACUUCUUCUUCGAUCAAUUAAAGAUGUAAAUGAACCAAAGUUUUUAUCACAUGAUAUACCCUUAUUUAAUGGAAUAACUAGUGACUUAUUUCCUGGCAUUAAACUUCCUGAAGCUGACUAUCAUGAAUUUUUGGAAUGUGCUCAUGAAGUCUGCAAAGUACACAAUCUUCAGCCUGUGAAAUUUUUUAUAGAAAAAAUGAUUCAGACAUAUGAAAUGAUGAUUGUUAGACAUGGUUUUAUGUUAGUAGGAGAACCUUUUGCUGCUAAGACAGAAGUUCUGCAUGUGCUGGCUGAUACUCUAACUCUUAUGCAUGAACGUGGCUAUGGAGAGGAAGAAAAGGUCAUUUAUAGGACUGUAAACCCCAAAUCCAUUACUAUGGGCCAACUUUUUGGACAGUUUGACCCAGUAUCUCAUGAGUGGACUGAUGGUAUUGUGGCUAACACUUUUAGAGAAUUUGCCUUAUCAGAAACAACUGACCGGAAAUGGGUUGUAUUUGAUGGUCCCAUUGACACCUUGUGGAUAGAGAGCAUGAACACAGUAUUGGAUGAUAAUAAAAAGCUUUGCCUUAUGAGUGGAGAAAUCAUUCAAAUGUCCCCUCAAAUGAGCCUAAUCUUUGAAGCAAUGGACCUUUCCCAGGCCUCACCCGCCACUGUAAGCCGCUGUGGCAUGAUUUAUUUGGAACCCUCACAAUUAGGAUGGGAACCGCUUGUGUCUUCAUGGUUGAGUUCACUGAAGGGACCUUUACAGGAAGAUGAACAUCAGGCUCUUCUGAGAGGACUUUUUGACUGGUUAAUAUGGCCCUCUUUAAGGCUUCGUAAGAAACAGUGCAAGGAACUGAUUCCUACAAGUGAUAGCAAUGCAGUUGUAUCUCUCACACGCCUCUUUGAAGUACUCCUCUGUGAUGUGGUAGAAAAUGAUCCUACAAGCAAGCACAUUCAUGUUUGGAUUAUGGCUUGCUUUAUGUUUUCUUUGAUUUGGUCCAUUGGAGGAAGUUGUGAUACAAAUGGUCGCAUUAUUUUUGAUUCUUUCCUACGAUCAAUCAUUCUGGGAAAUAUUGAAAGCAUCCCAGUGCCUGAUUCUGUGGGUAAAUGGGAAUGCCACUUUGAUGAAAAAGGCUUGGUAUAUGAUUACAUGUAUGAGUUGAAAAACCGAGGUCGCUGGGUCCAUUGGAAUGAAUUAAUUAAAAGUACUGAUUUAGGAGAUAAACGUAUCAAGAUUCAAGAUAUCAUAGUCCCUACAAUGGACACAGUUAGAUAUACAUUUCUAAUGAAUUUGAGUAUUACCUAUGCCAAGCCACUGCUUUUUGUGGGUCCAACUGGUACAGGAAAAUCAGUGUAUGUGAAGGAUAAGCUAAUGAAUCACUUGGAAAAGAACAAGUAUUUUCCUUUUUAUGUUAAUUUCUCUGCACGGACCAGUGCCAACCAGGUUCAGAACAUUAUUAUGGCUAGAUUGGAUAAAAGACGCAAAGGAGUUUUUGGACCACCUAUGGGAAAGAAGUGUAUAAUUUUUAUAGAUGACAUGAAUAUGCCUACAUUGGAGAAAUAUGGAGCUCAACCUCCUAUUGAAUUAUUACGACAGUUUUUUGACUGUGGGAAUUGGUACGACCUUAAGGACACAAGUAAAAUCACAUUGGUUGACAUACAGCUGAUUGCUGCCAUGGGCCCUCCAGGUGGUGGAAGAAAUCCAGUCACUCCCCGUUUUAUUCGACAUUUCAACAUCUGCACUAUUAAUGCUUUUAGUGAUGAAACAAUGGUCCGAAUCUUCUCAUCAAUUGUAGCAUUCUACCUUAGGACUCGUGAAUUUCCUCCUGAGUUCUUCUUAAUUGGAAACCAAAUUGUCAGUGGGACUAUGGAGAUAUACAAACAAUCCAUGAAAAAUCUUUUGCCCACUCCCACAAAAUCUCAUUACACUUUCAACUUGAGGGAUUUUUCACGUGUCAUCCAGGGCUGCUUACUCAUUGAAAGAGAUGCCGUGGGGAGCAAGCAUACCAUGAUCCGGCUGUUCGUGCAUGAGGUUCUUCGAGUGUUUUAUGAUCGCCUCAUUAAUGAUGAGGAUCGAUAUUGGCUGUUCAAUUUAAUCAAAGUUGUUAUAAAGGAGCACUUUAAAGAAUCAUUUGAUAGUGUCUUUUCACAUUUGAGGAAAGAGAAUGCACCAGUAACUGAAAAGGACUUAAGAAAUCUUAUGUUUGGUGACUAUAUGAAUACUGACCUUGAAGGAGAUGACAGAGUUUAUAUUGAAAUUCCAAAUAUUCAUCAAUUUAGUGACAUUGUGGACCAAUGCUUAGAUGAAUAUAAUCAAACUCACAAAAGAAGAAUGAAUCUUGUCAUUUUUAGGUAUGUAUUGGAACAUUUAUCACGAAUAUGUCGAAUUCUAAAGCAGUCUGGUGGAAAUGCUUUGCUUGUUGGACUUGGAGGAAGUGGUCGUCAAUCUUUAACUCGUCUGGCUACAUCCAUGGCAAAAAUGCAGAUAUUCCAACCAGAAAUUUCUAAGAGCUAUGGUAUGAAUGAGUGGAGAGAAGACAUGAAGGUUCUCUUAAGGAAUGUGGGCAUGAGAGGCCACAAGACAGUCUUUCUAAUCACGGACACUCAAAUAAAAGAGGAAGCUUUCCUUGAGGAUAUCGACAGUGUGCUCAACACCGGAGAAGUACCUAACAUUUUUGCAGCAGAUGAAAAACAAGAAGUGAUGGAGGGUGUCCGUCCUGUAGCUCAGGCUGGCAAUAAACAUGGUGAACUUAGUCCCUUAGCCCUGUUUGCUUUCUUUGUGAAUCGCUGCAAAGAUAAUCUUCACGUUGUAGUGGCCUUUAGCCCCAUUGGAGAUGCUUUUCGAAAUCGCCUGAGACAAUUUCCAUCCCUCAUCAAUUGCUGUACCAUUGACUGGUUUCAGCCAUGGCCCGAAGAUGCCCUUGAGCUUGUAGCUGUGAAAUUCUUAGAAACACUGGAGCUUACUGAAGUUGAACGACGAGAGAUAGUUCCAAUCUGCAAACAUUUUCACACUUCUAUUAUGGAUCUUUCAGAAAGGUUCUUGCAGGAGUUAGGACGACAUAACUAUGUUACUGCUACUUCUUAUCUUGAACUUAUUGCCUCAUUUCGACAGCUUUUGACUCAGAAGCGACAAGCUGUUGUGGAAGCAAAACAAAGAUACGUGAAUGGGCUUGACCAACUAGCUUUUGCUGAAUCUCAGGUUGGUGAAAUGAAAUUGGAGCUAGUUCAGUUACAGCCCAAAUUGGAGGAAGCUAAAAUUGAAAAUGCACAUAUGAUGCAGGUUAUUGAGAUAGAGUCUGCACAAGUAGAAGCAAAAAGAAAGUUUGUGAAAUUAGAUGAAGAGGUAGCCAGUGGAAAGGCUGAAGAAGCCCAGCUUCUGAAAAAUGAGUGUGAAAGUGACUUAGCUGAGGCAAUUCCAGCCUUGGAAGCAGCUCUUUCUGCACUGGAUACACUAAAGCCAGCUGACAUUACAAUUGUGAAAUCAAUGAAGAAUCCUCCAUCUGGUGUUAAGCUAGUUAUGGCUGCUAUUUGUGUCAUGAAAGAUAUAAAACCAGAAAAAAUUACAGAUCCUUCAGGAACUGGAGGAAAGAUAUUUGAUUACUGGGGUCCUAGCAAAAAACUUCUGGGAGAUAUGAAUUUCUUAAGAGAUUUGAAAGAAUAUGACAAGGACAACAUUCCAGUGAAUGUUAUGCAGAAGAUUCGUGGUGACUAUUUAACAAACCCUGAAUUUGACCCCCCUAAGAUUGCUAAGGCUUCUUCUGCAGCUGAGGGUCUGUGUAAAUGGAUCAUGGCUAUGGAAGUAUAUGAUAGAGUUGCAAAGGUAGUGGCUCCUAAGAAAGCCCGUUUAACAGAAGCUCAGAAGUCCUUAGCUGAGAUAAUGGAAAUUUUGAAUCAGAAGAGAGCAGAAUUGGCAGAAGUUGAACAUCAUUUGGAAAAUUUACAAAAUAUAUUUUCUGAAAAAACUGAGGAAAAGGCUCGUUUAGAAGAUCAGGUGGAACUGUGUGCUAAGAAGCUUGAAAGAGCCUCAAAACUAAUUGGAGGACUGGGUGGAGAAAAAUCAAGAUGGUCUCAAGCUGCAGAUGACCUCCAAAUAGUAUAUGAAAAUUUGACUGGCGAUGUCUUGGUAUCAGCAGGAGUAAUAGCCUACCUUGGUGCUUUUACUUCUGGCUUUCGACAAACAUGUACAGAAAAUUGGAGCAUGUUGUGCAAGGAGAAAAAAUUCCCAUGUUCAGAGGAGUUCUCAUUGAGUAAGACCCUGGGUGAUCCAGUAAAAAUUAGAGCUUGGAAUAUUGCUGGAUUACCAACAGAUACUUUCUCCAUAGAUAAUGGAGUGAUUGUUAAUAACUCCAGGCGUUGGCCUUUAAUGAUUGACCCCCAGGGUCAAGCCAAUAAGUGGAUCAAAAACUCUGAGAAAGAUAAUCAGCUUAGUGUUAUUAAGCUGUCAGAUUCAGACUAUAUGAGAACACUGGAAAACUGUAUUCAGUUUGGAACUCCGCUUCUGUUAGAGAAUGUUGGCGAAGAACUGGACCCAUCUUUGGAGCCUUUACUACUUAGACAAACUUUUAAACAAGGUGGCAUUGAUUGUAUCAGGCUUGGUGAAGUCAUUAUUGAGUAUUCCUUUGAUUUCAAGUUUUACAUCACCACAAAACUGAGAAAUCCACACUAUAUGCCAGAGCUAGCUACAAAACUGUCUUUGCUCAAUUUCAUGAUAACUCCAGAAGGACUUGAAGAUCAGUUAUUAGGUAUUGUUGUCGCAAAGGAGAGACCAGAAUUAGAAGAGGAAAGAAAUGCUCUUAUUCUUCAGUCUGCAGCUAAUAAGAAACAGCUAAAAGAUAUAGAGAAAAGAAUUUUGGAAACAUUAUCAUCUUCAGAAGGGAACAUUUUAGAAGAUGAAAGUGCAAUUAAAGUCUUAGACUCUGCUAAAAUGAUGUCCAAUGAGAUAACAAAGAAACAGCAGAUUGCAGAAAAAACAGAACUCAAAAUAGCAGAGUCUCGAGAAGGAUAUAGACCUAUUGCUAAACAUUCAUCAGUAUUAUUCUUUAGCAUUGCAGACCUGGCUAACAUUGAUCCUAUGUACCAGUACUCUCUUAGCUGGUUCGUGAACCUUUAUAUCAACUCUAUUCAUGACAGUAACAGAUCAAAAAUCUUGGAAAAGCGCCUCCGAUAUUUAAAUGACCACUUCACAUACAACUUAUAUUGUAAUAUAUGCCGAUCACUAUUUGAGAAGGACAAGCUGUUGUUUUCCUUUUUAUUAUGUGCGAAUCUCCUUCUGGCAAAGAAAGAGAUCGACUACCAGGAACUUAUGUUUCUUUUAACUGGAGGAGUGAGUCUUAAGAGUGCUGAGAAAAAUCCUGAUCCAACAUGGUUACAGGAUAAAAGCUGGGAGGAAAUUUGUCGUGCUAGUGAAUUUCCUGCCUUCCAAGGACUCAGGUCACAUUUUUGUAAAUAUAUAGAUGAAUGGCAGAAAAUAUAUGACAGUAAAGAGCCACACAAUGCUGUUUUACCAGAACCAAUGAAUCAGACGCUAAAUGAACUGCAGAAAAUAAUAAUUCUUCGGUGCUUAAGACCCGAUAAGAUAACUCCAGCUAUAACAAAUUAUGUAACUGACAAACUGGGGAAAAAGUUUGUAGAGCCUCCACCAUUUGAUUUGACAAAGAGUUACUGGGAUUCAAAUUGCACUAUUCCCUUAAUUUUUGUGCUAUCUCCUGGAGCAGAUCCCAUGGCCAGCCUGCUGAAAUUUGCAAAUGAUAAAGCUAUGACUGGAAAUAAAUUUCAAGCUAUUUCACUGGGACAGGGACAAGGACCAAUUGCAACAAAAAUGAUUAAAGCAGCAAUAGAAGAAGGAACUUGGGUUUGCCUACAGAAUUGUCACCUUGCUGUCUCCUGGAUGCCCACGUUGGAAAAAAUAUGUGAAGAUUUUUCCCCUGAUGUCUGUAACUCAUCCUUUAGGCUUUGGCUUACAAGUUAUCCAUCUCCAAAAUUCCCCGUAACAAUUCUACAAAACGGAGUGAAAAUGACUAAUGAACCUCCUACGGGUCUUCGGCUAAAUCUCCUCCAGUCAUAUCUCACUGAUCCAAUUUCUGAUCAUCAUUUUUUUAAUGGAUGCCAUGGAAAGGAGUUGGCAUGGGAGAAGUUGCUGUUUGGAGUUUGUUUCUUUCAUGCCCUUGUACAAGAGAGAAAGAAAUUUGGUCCUCUUGGUUGGAAUAUUCCAUAUGGAUUUAAUGAAUCAGACUUACGCAUCAGUAUUCGACAACUGCAGUUAUUUAUAAAUGAAUAUGACACAAUUCCAUUUGAAGCUAUCUCUUACCUGACUGGGGAGUGUAAUUAUGGAGGAAGAGUGACAGAUGAUUGGGACAGACGUCUCCUCUUAACCAUGCUGGCUGACUUUUAUAAUACACACAUAAUUGAAAACCCUCAUUAUAAAUUUUCUCCCAGUGGAAACUAUUUUGCACCUCCCAGAGGCACCUAUAAUGAUUACAUUGAAUUCAUUAAGAAACUUCCAUUUACUCAACACCCUGAGGUAUUUGGAUUACAUGAAAAUGUUGAUAUCUCCAAAGACCUUCAACAAACAAAAGUCCUCUUUGAGUCCUUGCUUCUCACCCAGGGAGGCUCCAAACAGACAGGAUCUUCAGGAAGUACUGACCAGAUUCUAUUUGAAAUUAGCAGAGAUAUUCUCCAAAAGCUACCAAAUGAUUUUGACAUUGAAGCAGCCCUGUUGACGUAUCCUGUGAGCUAUGAAGAGAGCAUGAAUACUGUGUUAGUACAAGAAAUGGAAAGAUUUAACAAUUUAAUUAAAACUAUACGUAGCACUCUACAGGACCUCGAGAAAGCUAUUAAGGGUGUGGUUGUAAUGGACUCUGCAUUGGAGGCACUCUCCGGAAGUUUGCUUGUUGGAAAAGUUCCAGAAAUAUGGGCCCAACGAUCAUAUCCAAGUCUUAAGCCCCUAGGAAGUUACAUCACAGAUUUUCUAGCCCGGUUGAACUUUUUACAGGACUGGUAUGAUUCAGGAAAACCUUGUGUAUUUUGGCUCUCUGGUUUCUUUUUCACCCAAGCCUUUUUAACUGGAGCUAUGCAGAAUUAUGCCAGAAAAUAUACCAUCCCUAUUGAUUUACUAGGAUAUGAAUUUGAGGUUAUUCCUUAUGAUAAAUCUGAGACAUCACCAGAAGAUGGAGUUUACAUCCAUGGAUUAUAUCUCGAUGGAGCACGCUGGGACAGACCAAGUGGAUUACUUGCCGAACAAUAUCCCAAACUUCUGUUUGACCUGAUGCCUAUCAUAUGGAUAAAACCAAAUCAAAAGGCUCAGAUUGAGAAGUCGAAUGCCUAUGUCUGUCCCCUCUACAAGACAAGUGAACGUAAAGGAACUCUUUCCACGACAGGACAUUCUACUAACUUUGUCAUUGCAAUGUUGUUAAAAACGGACCAACCCGUUCAACACUGGAUCAAGCGUGGGGUUGCUUUGCUUUGUCAGUUGGAUGACUAAAUUGGACAAAUUUAACAAAAUAUCUGAAGCAAAAAAAAAAUACCAUG